AUGCCUGCUGAGCUUUUUCCUCCUCUGUUUGGUCGUACUCGCAACGGUGUCGACGACGAGUACGGUCAUUUACCUUGGCUGCGUCAGAUACGCAGAGCCCGCAAUGUCGUUCUGAGCUUCCAUGGUCAGCUGCGAUGCUGGUUCUGGCCGGUGAGGGAGGAUGGUGCCAGGGUGCCUCCGGAUGAUCUCAUCACUCACCGCAUCACUCACAAUAUGCUUGGGCCUGGUUGUCUGUGCUCCCGAGUUGAGAAUGCUGACUUCACCAAGGCAGUGAUUUUCUGCGUAGAAACUGGUCAAUUGUCCGGGCAGUGGGUUGCGGCAUGCGCUAACCACAAGUGCAAGUACUUUGUUCGACUGGAGUCAUUGUACACGAAGCCCGGCUUGCCGGUCACUCGCUAUCCCCGUCGCACCAUAAAUAACCCUGCACCUCCCGUGGUUGUAUGCGAUCGCCCGCCUGAGAUCCCGACUGAACCUAGCACCCCCACGACUCGUUCUACCCCCCGUUCGGUUCGAGGUACUCGUCAACAUGCGGCAGUGACAGAGCAAGCGAACAGAUGUGCUGUUAUGCAAGACGAUGAUGAUGACCCAGUUGCCGUCAUUCCAGUCCAUCGUCCUGCACGCCACAAUCCACUGGAUGCAAGCCGGAGGCGUACACGUCGGUUGUGGCAGGAGGAAGCUGAUCCAUUCCGAAUCCCUUUGGCUGCGAUCGCAGGGGCGGAUGUGCAACAUCGUUGGAGACCGUUACGGAACACUGAUUCGACCACCAUUCGUUCAGCUCCCGCACCUGCAACGCGCACCCUAUCACCGAGCCCCUUCAGACAGCUCAUGAAGCUGGAUGAUUUCGAAAACCCGGGGCUCACAUUGCCCGAGUUCAAGAGGCUUUUCACCCGUUGCCAGUGUGGUCUUAUCAUGACUCACUCCUCGUACACCAUUCACGAGUGCUCGUCCAAGGGUGUGGUCAUAGACCUGACUCUUGAUGAGUGA